AUGCCAGAGAUUCUUGAAAUUGACGAUGAAGAGGCAGAGCGAAUGCAACAACAAGCUGCUAAGAAAAAGGCUGAGGAAGAGGCAGAGCACGCUCAAGCGCUGAAGGAUGCAGAAAGAAGACGAAAAGUCGACGACGAGAACAAAAAGCAAAAGGCAGCUCGAGCCGCUAGAGUCGAAGAAAAAAAGAAACAAACCGCCGAAUUGAUGAAGAAAAUCGGUAAAGUCGAUCUCGACGACGACGACAAUCCCGACUUUCUAUUCACGAUGCCAAAGGAAAACAAGGAUGUGAAUGUCAAAGAUCUUGGCUACAAGAUUUUCGUCGACGACGUCAAGGGACGAGGGAUCCGGGCGACAAGAGACUUCAAAGUUGGAAACCUGGUGCUCAAGGCGGAACCAUUCGCUUACGUCAUCUUCGACCACAUGUCCGAGCAUGUUUGUCAUCAAUGCUUCAACAUGGUCGUCCGAGAUCGUCAAGGUCAACCGACAAGUCAGCUGCUUCGAUGCUCGAGUUGCAAGUUCGCUCGAUACUGUUCCCGCGAGUGUCAGAAAAAAGCCUGGCCUACUCACAAAAAAGAGUGCAUGGCGAUCAAGCGAAUCGCGCCGCGUACGGCAUCGGAUGAGGUUCGUAUGGUGUCGCAAAUUCUAUGGAAACAAGCUGAGCGAGGCGACAAGCGAGCCAAAUCAGAGGAGUUAUGCAGAGUCGAGGAGCUUUGCGAUCAUCUCAAUGACAUGUCCUUUGAGGACGUCCAAAAGUUGGAGGAGCAGUCAAAAGAAAUUGGCGACUACUUUGGCUACGAAAACCUGCCCGAUUCUGACGAGUACAUCGAUCAUUUGUUUGGCAUUGUUUCCUGUAACGGAAUGUCAAUAACCGAUAUGCGAGGUUUGCAAUACCUCGGAGUUGCUAUCCACCCGACCUUGAACUUGAUCAACCACGAUUGCAACCCUAAUGUUGUCGCCGUCUCCUGUGGCCCCAACAUCUUCGUUAGAGCCAUUAAGCCAAUUAAAGAAGGCGAGGAACUGUUCAUUUCGUACAUCGACACAUCAGCUACGUCAGAAACCCGUAAGCAGAUCUUGAAAGACCAGUACUACUUCGAUUGCGGCUGCAAAAUGUGCGAAUGUGGCGACAAAGACGAACUCAAAAGUGCCUAUGUGAUGCCAAAAGAAGAUGUUCCCGAAAAGCGCUCUACUUAUAUCGAGAAAAACACGGACAUCAUGUUGAAGAAAAUCGAGAGUUCUAAAAAGGUACAAGCGUGGGAACGAGUCGCAGCUCAAGCCGGAGGAUGUCUUUUGCAACAAGAAAAUCUCUUCGACGACACGCAUUUGAAAAAACUAACGAUCUUGCAAACAUGCUCUGAAGUUUCAGCCAUUCUCAACCACUACGAUGAUGCUGCGCAAUAUGCAGAGCGAGUUCUUGCGGCUUACGAGCAAAUUUACCCCGAAUACUCUACACAGAUCGGCAUGCAAGCUUAUCGACUUGGCGUGCACUACUGGCACUUGCAGCGAGUGGAGGAUGCGAUCAAGAUGCUUGGCAGAGCGCUCAAGCAUCUGGAGAUCACGCACGGCCCCGAGCAUGGAAUGUACCAGGACGGCCUCGAAAUGAUGAAAACGUGUCUCCAGGAGCGUCAAAUGGACAAAGCAACAUUAAUGCGAAUUCGCGUCGCUCGAGAACGAAUGGGCCAGGGCAAAGAAAUCGACAUGGCUAACCACAUUGGAAACGGACCGAUCAACUGGACCAGCUCGAACGAAUUAAGCUGGAAGGGAAAGAAUUAA